GUGUUUUUUUUAGUCAACAAAAAAGUCUGAAAUUUUAAAUAUAAAUAAAAAUGGUGCGUAAACUCAAGUUCCAUGAGCAGAAGCUGCUCAAAAAGGUGGACUUUAUCACCUGGAAGGUGGACAACAGCGGCAAGGAGAACAAGAUCCUCAGGCGCUUUCACAUACAGAAAAGGGAGGAUUACACCAAGUACAACAAGUUGUCCAGGGAGAUACGGGAACUGGCCGAGAAGAUAGCCAAGUUGGAUGCCUCCGAUCCCUUCAAGGUGGAGGCCACCACCAUGCUCCUGAACAAAAUCCAUGCCAUGGGAGUCUCCAACGAUCAGCUAACUUUGGAGACCGCAGCCAAGAUCUCCGCCAGUCACUUUUGCCGGCGGCGUCUGCCCGUGAUAAUGGUAAAAUUGCGCAUGUCGGAGCACCUGAAAGCCGCCACAGACCUCAUAGAACACGGCCAUGUGCGUGUGGGUCCCGAAAUGGUCAAGGAUCCCGCCUUUCUGGUCUCCCGCAACCUCGAGGACUUCGUCACCUGGGUGGACGGCUCCAAGAUCAAGGAGCAUGUUCUCCGAUACAAUGACUUGCGUGAUGACUUCCAGAUGUAGACUCUAUUUUUAAGAUCCCCCAAUAAGCGUAGAAUAACUAA